AUGAACGGCUACAGUUUAUUAUCUAGAUCCUUUCACCAAUCUACAAAACCACUCUUCAACUUAUCUAGCAUUCUCUUGAAGGCUUCCAAGAGAACGCAACUUAGAAAUGAAUUGAUAAAGCAGGGCCCUAAGAGGCCUACUUCUGCUUAUUUCUUAUUUUUGCAAGACCACAGAAGUCAAUUCGCUAAGGAAAAUCCAACUUUGCGUCCUUCUGAAAUAAGCAAGAUUGCGGGUGAAAAAUGGCAAACUUUGAAGUCUGACAUAAAAGAUAAGUAUAUCUCUCAAAGAAAGGAAUUGUAUUCUGAAUACCAGAAGGCGAAAAAGGAGUUCGACGAUAAGCUGCCUCCUAAGAGACCUGCUGGUCCCUUCAUCAAGUACGCUAACGAAGUCCGCUCCAAAGUCUUUGCUCAGCAUCCUGAUAAGUCUCAAUUAGAGCUGAUGAAAGUUAUCGGAGAUAAAUGGCAAUCUUUGGAUCAAAAUACCAAGAACAAAUAUAUACAAGAGUAUAAAAAAGCUAUCCAGGAAUAUAACGCUCUCUUCCCCCUUAACUGA